AUGCGCUAUGUUCAUCUUCUAUUCUUUGAAGCUGAAAAUGAACGGACUCGUUUACAAGUACAGUAUGAGGACAUAUGCAGGUGUAACCAUUCGCCGAAAUGUUCGGUACCGAUUGGAUAUGAAACAUUUGAGGGUUUUCAUCGAGAGAAUGAAUUCAUUGUUGCAACUUGGCCAAAAGAAACCGAAAUGCUUUGGCAGUUAAUAUGGGAGAAGAACUGUCAAACGAUUGUUGUGAUGGGUGACGAAAAUUGCUUUUGGACGAAUUUAAAAGUUGUUGGCGAUUUAUUAAUUACAAGAGACAAUGAUGACUUAUGGAUUGUCAGUAAUAAAGAAGAUCAGUUAUUUGUACGAACAAUUGUGGUUUCACAAUGUGAUUUCGAAUUCGAUACUUGGGCAGAAAUCGAACGAUUACAACAAAGGCGAUUGCAAUAUCACAAUGGACCACUGUUAAUAUUAAAUUACCAAAACAGUUCAAUGGCUUAUAUACUUUGCCUCCUUACUAGUAUUGCUUGUCAAGUGGAAAGUGAAUCCUGCCUUGAUGUGUUACAAUUUCUAUCGUCUUAUAAGGAGAAAUUAUGCGGUAUUUGGAACUCACAAGUACAUCAUAUACCAUUCUAUUUUUUUACGCAUGUAACUUCUAUAGUAAUGGCGCAUAUUUGA